ACACACACACACACACACACACACACACACACACACACACACACACUCUAGGAGAUGUGUCAGAGCAUUUUUCAUCAUCUUUCUUUAGUUACAUGGUUUAUUAUAUCAAACCAGUUCAACAUGUUCUGAUCAUGAAUGAGUCAGAAAGUGUUACCUGCCCGCACAGAUGAUAUACAGUCAAUAUUUUAUAUUUUCCUUUCUCUGAUGGACACGCUCAUCUCACAGUUGAAUGUGUCUCCACGUUAUCAUAAGUGAUGUGUAUAUAAAAAUGUUUUUAAAGCUGAUGGGAUUAAAUUUGAUACUUGUAAAUUAUGAAGAUGAUAGUUGUAUUUUUAGCCUGCUGAUCAGACAUAUGUAGGCUACUGUGAAUAUUUUUUUUUUGAAUGUGCUGACAUUGUAUGUAACGCUACUAAAUUUACUUACAGUUUUGUCUACUAACGAAUGCUGUACCGAGUAAAUAAACAUUUGUAUAAAAAAUGAAUUAAAUAAAUAGAAACUAUGCUGUUUUGUCUUGUGUGUUGUAUUUGGUUUGUUUAAGGCGCCAUCUAGUGGUCAUUAGCUGUAAUCAAGAGGCUACUUUCACCCGCUCAGUCUUUAUGCCAGAUGACCUUCCUGACGCAGCCCUACAGAUACUGAGAUACUGAAAACUAAGUAAAUGGGGAAACUUCUUGUUCUCUUGUCAUAAUGCACUCAUUUAGGAUGAGUAGAAGUGAUGUUCUGCUUCAUAAAUAAGUAACUCAUGCGUUCACAAAGGGGAUAAAGAUGUUAACAUGAUUUGAUCCCUCGAUGCAAUGCAGAAUGCAUUUUGUCGUUGCACAUCUCACAUUUCAGAAACUUUUUCUUUUUUCUUGUCUUGCAGUUACGCUAACUCAGUGCAACCUGUCAUCUAAUUUAAAAAGAUGAGUAUACCCCCUGCCGGGUGCUGCUAGCAUUAAUGACACAAAUAAGAAGGAAGCCUCGCUCAGUUGGUGAUAAAAAUACUCCAUCUAUCUUUCCUUAAUUGCUAAUCCAAUUCAGUGAUAUGGGGCUGGAGUCUAUCUCAGCUGUCACAGGGUGAGAGGCGGGGUACAUCCUUGACAGGUCGCCAAUUCAUUACAUGAUUAACACAGAGGCCGACUCAUAUUCACAAGUAGGCCCAAUUUAGAACCACCAAUUAACCUAAUAUGUCUGCCUUGUCUUGGACCUUAACAGAAAGCUGGUGCGUGCGGAGAGAGACCAUGCAGAAAGUCUUUGGCCUGGAUUUGAAUCAAAUACAUUAUAACGUAACCUUAUAACAUAAAUGGAGAAACCCUCUGUGCAUUUUUGCCUAGAGCGCCAAGAAACUGUAAAAUUUCUACUGGUGAACACUGCAACGUGUCCUGAAUAAGGAGAGAAGAAUUCCCACUAAUUUACUUAUUCUAACAAAGGUGCAAAGUAUUGAUUUUCUUUAGGAAUAUCUGUUAGUAGGUUUCAUGACCACACGCUAAACAGCCUUCACUUCCCUUAGGAUGAUGGUAGCAAACUUGCAAGGGAAGCACGUUUAUGCAAGGAAGUAGAUUAAUCUCCUGUGCUUCAUUAAUAUACACCUCAUGCUCUCCGAGGACUCGAGUAUCGUGGAUGCUUUGUAAUGUUCUGUGGCCUGAACAGUGGUUGUGUUACAAGAGCACAGCUCCAAUGAUACAGGCAAGAUCAGUUUAUUCCAGUAAGUCCAUGGAGGAGUAACGCAGGUGAUUCCAUCUUCAAACUGAAAAAAUCAACCAAAAGGCCAGUUAACUACAGUACAGCGUCUUACUAGCUUGUUCAAGGAUAAUAACUAAUAUAUCUUCACUUGAUAUUCAUUCAAAUCAACGAUGAAAAUUUCUUCAGAACUUUUCGUGAGCUGUUAAAACUCCUUUACAGCUUGGUCUAUUUAUUUGUGGAACAAUGAGCAGCCUCUCGGACCAAAGAAAAGAUCUUGCAGGGAUGAGAAUGCAUAUCUUUGUUUCCCCUGCACAAACUGCCUUUUACAUUAUCCUGGUGAUAAUGGGAAUUCUGGGCAAUACCACUGUGAUUCUGGUCAUUGGUAAGAGCAUAAUCUUGGAGCAUAACUGGGGACGUAACUCGGACAUCAUCAUCGUUAACAUGGCAAUGUCUAACUUGCUGGUAUCACUACUGAGGAACACACUCCUUAUCAUCUCAGAGUUUGGACUGCAGAUAUAUACAGCCAAAGGGUUUUGUCAGUUGCUAAUGGGAAUGUCGGUGUGGCUGCGGUCAGUCAAUGCGUGGUCAACACUUUUCCUCAGUGCGUUCCACCUCCAGACGUUGAAGCGUGUGGCUCCUGGUGCUACAAAUGGGCCCCGGGGUGCUCCUAAGACCCUCCUGAUGUGCCUGGGCCUCAUCUGGAUUGGUAACCUUAUUUACUCGAUUCCAGCUCAUAUAUUUUCCUCUAAUGGGAACAAGAACACUACAGAGACAUUGAUGCUGGUGAGCAGCACAACACGCCCUCUGCUGGGCUGUGUGUGGAACUUUCCCUCCACCAUUGGCCUGGCCUACGCCACCACAUCUUUGGUGAUACAUGAAAUGAUUCCUAUAAUCUUGAUGGCCAUUACAAACCUAACCUCGCUUUACACCCUCUACACCCAUGGUCGGAAUCCACAGAAAGACGCACCGGUAUUAAAGCGGGUGCCAGCCGAGAAACGAGCAGCCAAGGUGAUUCUCACCCUCAUACUACUCUUCAUCCUCUCAUGGGGGACCAGUGUUAUCUCUGUCAACUACUUCAACUACAACCGUGGCUCCUCAGCCGAUUAUCUGAUGGUCAUUGCUCGUUUUGCCAACAUCAUCUUCAUUGCCUUGUCACCUGUCAUUCUGGCGGUCGGCCACCGGCAGCUUCGUUCUUGUAUCAAGUCCACACUCGUGCACUGAUGGUACUCUGCAAAAGCUUUGGAGAUGCACCUAAUAUGCCAUCAC